CGGAUGAACCCGCGUCUAGGGGCUUUUUCAAAGCGGGAGGCUUUUACUUCCGGGGCACGUAAGACUUGGUACCCACGUGGAAUCUUGAGAACCGUGUUGUGAGCAAUGAUUGCCAAGGCGGACAAAUUGGAUUUUGGCAGAGAACCAAGAGAGAAGAAGAAGAAAAAGAAAAAGGCUAAGGCAGUGGAGGAGAAUACCUUGGAUGUGGAAUCCUUUAUCCAAACAAAGCCAUCCCAGAAAACCAUGGCCCCUUCAGACUUGGUUCCAGAAACACCUCCAUUGAAAAAGAAAAAGAAAAAAAAGAAGAAAACCCAAGAAGCAGAGAGCCCAGACAGAGCCCCCCAUGAGGAUAGCACGGAGGCAGAGACCAUGAGCAAAACCAGCUCUCUGAAGAAACAUCAUAGCAGGAAGGAGCUGCUUCCAAAUCCACCUGAACCCCUAUGCCAAGGGAAAAAAAGGAAGGCAAAAUCCUCCCUUUCUCACCCCUCAAAAUCAGAGACAGAUGUGGAUGCAGAAGUGGAAGUGGGGGGCUCUGUCAGAAAAUCUAAAAAGCGGAAAAAGGAUAAAAGGUCAGAUGAGGAGAGGUUUGGAGAACGGGCGCCCAGCAAGGCUCUUCAUGACCCCAUGAAGGAAGAGCAGGAAGAGGACAAAGAGCUUAAGUGUGAGUCCAUAGAACAGGGAUGGGGAGAGAAGAAGCAGGAUCUCAGCAGUCACAGGGACACUGGCACCAAGAAGAAGAAAAAGAAAAAGAAGACUUAUAGGGAGGAGAAGGAAGAUGAGGAGGAUAUUAGAACUGACCGAGUGCCUGUUGAUGAGGGCCAUAUAGAGGACCCCAGUGCCUUCAGCAGCUGCAGAAAGAAAGGCCACAAAAAGAAGCAGGCCAAAGCCAAGACAGCAGAAAGUGUCUCCCUAGCAGAUGGCCCCAAAGACAUCAAAAAGAAAGGAAAAAAAUCUAAAAUGCAGAUUGAGCCACUCUCUGCCAAGGAUCCUGCUCCAAAGAAGAAGAAGAUGACGGCAGGUAGGAAAUCAAUGCAGGACCCUCAAGCUCCGGCCCUGGCACAUGAAUCAGAUUUGGAAGUGGUAUCUGAAAAAAAGGGAAACUUGGAUGAAGUCACCAUAGAUACGGUCAGAAGAAAGGCCUUACAAGAAGAGAUUGAUAGAGAAUCUGGGAAAACUGAAGCUCCUGAAACCAAAGUGAAAGUGCCUACACAGUUUGGCCAGUGGGAUACAGCUACUUUUGAAAAUUCAGACCAAAAGAUGAAAUUUCUCAGACUUAUGGGAGGUUUUAAGAAUUCUUCCCCAUCACUCAGCAAUUCCUCAGGCACCCUGGGAAAACCAAACAUGGCUCUGAACAAGCAGGCCGCCGCUGCCUUAGAACAAAAUCUACAAGUGGAGUUUGACAGAGCAAUGAACUGGAAGCAUCAGCGAGGAGUUGGACUUGGCUAUUCAGCUUCUGCAAACAAAAACAAAUUAUUUUAUAUAGACAGAAAUGCAUCCAGAUCUGUAAAGUUUAAUGAUUAACAGGAUCAUUUUCUUCCCUCCCCCCAAAAAAAAAAUCACCAAAGUUGUUUUUACAUUUUAUAUUAUGUGAACUAAAAGGUUGAGCUACUUUUUUCAGUAUUGAGCCAGCAGAGCUUCAGUUGGUUGGGAUUUUAAAGCCCCUUGAGGGACUGGAGGGUAACUUGCAUUGUAAAAGCCAGUAUUGUAUUUCCAUCAUUAAAAACACCUUUAUGUUUAAUGUUCAAA